UAGAAAAUAAUAUCUGGUUUACUCGAUAAAAAUGAUGAUAUACAGUUUCCAAAGAAUAUAAUUUAGUUUCAAAUUGUUACAUAUAUUUAGUAAAUGGUACGAAAGCAUAACUUCCAUUCUGAUGGAACAUGAAAUGGUGAAUAAAUCCAUGUGUCAGUGCAUAACGCCGGUUAAAUAAGACACCUGCUAACCUUUCAGACAGUACUGUGCUUGGAAAACUGUCACUUCGUUCAUAAGUUGAAUGCUCGGAGCUAGAAUGAGUAAUUUACGAAAAUUCAUAGCGUAUUUUUUCUGUUGGUUUCAAAUAUUUAGAGGGAGGUUAUGCACUGACGAUUGAUACGUUCUAUCGUUGUUAAUUUUAAUACAGAUAUCGGGGCCAAUUUGACGGACUCUAUGUACCAAGGAAUUUACAAUGGAUCACAGAAACAUCAGCCGGAUUUAGAUAAAGUUUUAGAACGAAGUUGGAACAAUAAUCUGUCGAGAAUUAUAAUUACUGCUGGUAACAUAGAAGAAAGCAAGAAGGCUCUUGAAAUAGCACGAACAGAUGAACGAUUAUUUUCAACGAUCGGUUGUCAUCCAACACGUUGUAAUGAAUUCGAAGAAAGUGGCAAUCCUGAAGCAUACCUUAAAUCAAUGUCAGACCUAGCUGGGGAUAAUAAAGAUAAAAUUGUUGCUAUCGGUGAAAUGGGGUUAGAUUAUGAUAGGUUACAAUUUUGUUCAAAGGAUGCCCAGAAAAAGUAUUUUGAAAUGCAAUUAUCCUUGUGUUCAACUUUAAAAUUACCAAUGUUUUUACACUGCCGUAACGCUAGCGAAGAUUUUGUAAGAAUUUUAAGAAAACAUAAAGAUACAUUAACAGCUGGCGUUGUACAUUCCUUUGAUGGCAAUCCAGAAGAAGCUAAUUCUAUAUUACAAAUGGGACUGUAUAUUGGAAUUAAUGGAUGCUCUCUUAAAACAGAAGAAAAUCUUUUCUCUGUCACAACUAUUCCCUCGGAUAGGUUGAUGAUAGAAACUGAUUGUCCAUGGUGUGAAAUAAGACCAACACAUGCAUCAGCAAAAGAUGUUAUCACCAACUUUCCAUCUGUCAAAAAAGAAAAAUGGCAGCCCGAUCGGAUGGUUAAAGGAAGAAACGAACCAUGCACCAUAGUUCAGAUUUUAGAAGUACUAGCACGAAUUAGGGAUGAAGAAGAAGAAUACCUGUGCAAUCAAAUAUACAAAAACACGAUGAAGGUUUUUUUCCCUCACGAACUGUAACUAUAACUGGUGUUUACAACCGUUGCACGCUCAUACAUAUAAUCAGGGAGGAAUGCUGUGAAACUAUAUAGCAGAAGAAAGAAAACUAAUUUCUACCAAAUUCAUUUCUCAUAAGGAAGAAAACGACGAUACUCAUUUUUACAUGCAUAGCUCUAUGGAUGCGACUGAUGUCACAUUCCAUCGAUCUCUUUCCAUAUAAAACUUUAAUAUAUUCUUGUUAAAAUUAUCAUUACCACCAUAAUCAUCUCCAUUAGUUGCAUUAUUAGCGCUAUUAUAUUUAUAAUUAUAAUAAUAAUUAUUAUUACUACUCCUAUAUUUAUCAACAUUAUUCUAUUACUCCUACGAACAUCGCUAUCGCUACACUUAUUGAUGUAUCCAAUGACAUUAAGUUAAUAUUUCUGCAUAUAUUAAGAAAUUAAUUAUACUGUGUCCACUCCUCCUUUUAUUUUUAUAAGAAAAAUACCAAAAAAAAUAACUUUAUUCAAUAUAUGUUCAAUUCACAUAUUAACUUGUUAUAUCGUCAUUUAAUUCACAUACCAGGAAUACUAAAUGAAAAUAUAUUAGUAAAUGUACAAAAUAAUAGGUACGAAUUUGAUACUAAAUAGUAAUCUAUAUAUUACUUUAAUCAUUAUUUUGCUUGAUAUAGACAUUAACCUAAAAAAAGACCAACAUUUUGACAGAAUUUUCGGAUUUUCAAAAUGUUACGAUUCAUUGAAACAUGUUACAUUCUUCGAAUAUCACAGGUGGGUAAAAUGGCCGCCGCAAUACAUUUGGAAAUAUGCAACGUUCAACUUCGGAAUCAUAAAAAUAAAUGCUAAGAUGCGAGAGGAGAUUUUUAUCAACUGAAAAAAUCGGUUG